AUGUGGACCCCCAAAAAGAACACCGCUAGUCCGGGGACAGGCCUGUCGUUCAGGGCUCGCAGGGGCCUCUCCAUUUUCUCAUAUCCACUGGACCUAUCUAUGGUCUUGAACCUCUCCAAAGCGGUGAUUCGGAGUGGAAACGACUUUCUCAACCUGCGCCGGCGUUGCGGGAAUCUGCGGCACUUUUCUCGCCUUGCCUCGGGUACCGCGCCAAGCAAGUUCAAGCUUCGCGCCGAAAACGGAGCUAGCCGAGUGGGGCCCGGAGACCUCAGACGAAUGGAAUUCCACACUGUCAGACGGUACCCUCCCAUCAUCUUAUUGGUCAGAAAUUCUGCGACGAUUAACCGUCAAACACCCGAUUGCCCCCAUCCGUCCACCCAUGCAUGGUACGUACGUGAACGUACCGAUUCGCAGGUAUGGAUACUCCUCCUGGCUUCUCAACCCACGCCGAGCACCCUGUCCCUGUCCUCCCAUCGACCUUCAAUCGACAAUCACGACGAAAAUGGCAUGGCUGUGGUCCUUGUCGGCUCUCGCCCGCUGGCCAGUGCUCUCUCGAGUCUCUCCACCGCUGGUGGAACACACUACCGUCUGACCAACCAUCAUCCCACCCACCCUCCCCGGCCUUGUCUCAUUUCAUCAAAAAGUGACUUGCGUCUGCCAUAUCUUGUUCGUAUGACACGCAGUCAUCUUCUCAAGUUUCUUUCCGGGCCCCAAACGUCUACUACGGUACACCGUCAAAUCACCGACUCACCAUUCCGCACAGUCACGGUCAUCAUCCGUGAUCCGUCCACUCAGAGCAGAGCAGCUUUUCGAAUGUCAGUCUUCAGUCUCUCCAGCGAGAAGCCGCCUGUGUUGCAGAUGCAGCAGCAGCUGUCUUGUCUUGUCGGUGUCCUCGUGAGGCAGCCGUCGAUUUUCCUUGGCCCAUUUUCCACGAGUCUCAUUCCAUUCCUGUGUCGAGAAUCCCACGCUCCAACUCGUCAAUCUCCAGCUCAUACUUUCACCUUGACACAUUCUCUGCCCAGCCUUCAUUCAUUAUGCCCUGGACUUACCCUGCCCUGUGGCCAGUCAAGUGACUCCAGUCUCCAGGCCCCCCAAAAGGCGCCCCAAACAAACUCGUCCGUCCCAUCCUCGUCUAUGACCUUCAGGUACACCCGCUACCCGCAAGUUGUAACCUGCACCCUCUUCGCUUACACUGCGUUUUCCUGCCUCCUCUCGAGCACUUUUAAUGUACAGGGGGAUAUCCCUCCAAAGGCAACCCGCCGCGAACAUCAGACGGAAUGGGGCCUUGGUGCUGGGGACAGGACCGUUAGAGCCGUCUCCGAUGGCAAUCCAUGGAGACGAGAGACCAAAAAUACGGCGGCGGCGCCCGUUGUUGUCGUUGCGCACCAUUUAAAUUGGUCGCUUCAUCUUUCCCAAACCUUCGAAACAGAACAAAUCUCCAUCGACGCUUUUAAUAGCGCUCUUUUGGUUUACAUUUGUCCUUUUCCGGUUUUCUCGCACUGGGCAAUGGCGGUGCAAGCGCUGCUAGCUGCUUCGUCCGACAGAAGGUUGACCAAUCUUGAGAAGAGGAGAAGAGACUCCUUCACUUCCACGAGAGUGGCUACUCCUCCUGUAAGCCCACCGCCCAUCAUCAGAAAACAAGCUUCGAUUCGACAGCCUCUAUCCCGGACCAUUCCUCUUCCUGACUCGCCCGGCGCAUCGCUGGUUGCCAAGUCUCGGGUCACUGGAGGCGCCGCCAUCAACCGCCCAGGGAAACUUCUGUUUACGUCGAAAUGCAGCUGUACCUUGCCGGUGAGCCGCUGGCAUGCAGGAUCUCAAUGCGAGAGAUAUCCCGUGGUCAUGCGUUCCAUCUUUUGUUCAAUGAUGCAAGCUCAGACUCAAGCUCAAGCUCAAGCUCAACUACUCAGCCUUGGAGUGUUGGCAUGCAGCAUGACGGCAGCCAAUACUCUGCGACUGCUUAUUCUUCGUGCUGCGACUCCUUGGCAUCGCAAGGUGCACAGCAAAGAGGUGGCCCGGCGAAGAGGAAGUGAAGGUGAAAGUGUCCAAUGCGGAAACUUGCAGAUGCGGCCUCUUGAGUGGAUGCCCCAGACCUGCGCGGGCAUCGCGAGAAUGGGCCACUUCGGGAGGCAGCACAGAGAUAUUUGGAGAUCCAACGGUCUCCGAGUUGACCUCUUUGGUCCUCGCGCGACAAGACUUCAUACAACGGGGCCCCGACUCCCUCUCCCAAAGCAACAAAGAAGAGAAGAGCAUUUCGUUUUCAUACAGCAAAUUUCGAUUUUCCAGCGGACCUCCCGGGAUGCCGUCUUGGUCUUUUGGGCCGAGCGGACUCGCGGACUCUGGAGAUUCUCUCUGUCUCCCAGCUCUGUUCUUGAAUCUUUCCCCAAUGCCGAGCCGGCCGUGAUGUUGAUCAACCCCCCAUGUUUUUCCCGCCCUCCUCUCGGUGCUCCCCACGCUUUCAUCUACGCUCGCCGAGCUUUAAGGUGGGCUCUUUCAGUGUGGGGAGAGACGAGGAGGAGCGGUGAUUACAUGGCAUUUACGGCACCUCCUCUCAUUUCGUGCUUGGCUGGGAACGGCCUUGUUUGCUUGCUGCCCCUCUCUCCUCCAUCCUCCGAGGUGGGGGGGACAACCUUCGGAGGACUUGGUGUUGACGACAGCACGAUAGACGCACUUGUGUCGGGCUUCCCUGGCGUGUCCGUGGUCAUGUUCUCCUCAACUCAGGCCGCAUGCGCCCUGCAGGCUCGCAAAGGGCCGUUAGAGAUUCGAAGACGCAGUAGACAGGCAGAAAACCCCCGCGUCGGAUCCCUGAUCUGCUUCCAUCCCCUGUCAGAUUCCUGUCGGAAGGUCGGUCGGGUUAUUCGAAAGAAAUACCCCGCAUUCUGGGACGAGCGAGGGGGGAGGAGGAACGGAGUGAUUGCGACGCCGCACAACUGUCCCAUCUCCAAACAGUGCAUACAUAUGAACAAGGUCGCCAGGGGACAAGAAGAGACACGCAAGACGAGAGAUCGACAGGUUCUCGAAUCGCGGGGCCAAUCAGUCACAAAGCCCCCUCCUCCUGCCGUCGUUGAUCGAUCGAUUGGGGGAUUCAAUGAUUCUGCCACUUCUGCUAAGCUUAUGCACUCGUGUCGUCAAGCUCACUGCUUGACUGCUUCUCCCGCGGGGGCAAGGCAGCAGGCUAGCAAAGCAAAGAAGGCACGAAGGGUAAGUCGCAGUGUAAGCUUCUACAGUAGGAACUACCGGCACUCUGUUUCUCUGCUUUACUCUCGUCUGCUAGUGCAGUAUUCCAUCAACGUUCCAAGGUUUUGGGUGUGUGUUCUUCCCUUCCUCGGUGUCGUCGAACUACUUUUGCUAAGCUCUUUGAAGCUCGCCCUUGCCCCGUGGGCGGUCAGAGUUCGGAGGGGGAGGGGGGUUGCAAGCGCCACGCGACGAUUUGCGACGAUCACCCAACUCUCGGUGCGUGGGAAACCCAAAUCCUUGGCAAAGGUUGAAGCCAACCAUCUUCAAAAGGAGCUGCGCUACUGGACAUCUUCAGAACAGGAAGAGCGGCGACUUCCCCCUCCAUCUGCUUCCUCCCCCCCUUCUGCGACAAAACCAAACGCACCAAAGGAGAAAGCUCCGACAUACUGGAGACGUGAAGAAGUUGAAAGGUCUGCCGGACUAGCGGUAGCGGUCCUCCCCCUUCUAGUAGACGCUUCACCACACCACACACCUCCUUCUUGCUCCUUCACCGCCGGAAUGACUGGAUUGAACUGGUGGUGGAGAAGGGGCUGUUCUCGGGAGACCGCAUUGGGAAACUCCAGACCUACUACUCCUGGACUUGAUCCCCCUCUAUGGUAG